AUAUAACUCAAACUGAGUGAAAAGAGAGACACAUUCGAUUUCUGAACUAAACAGGUACCAGUGAUAUUACACAGAGAACAUGGAGAACUACCAACGUAAACAAGGUUCCCAGGGUGUGAAGAAGUGGGCUGGGCUUCUGACGUGUCAGACCAUCUUCCUUGUGCUGAUUGGCCUGGUAUCCAUCAGCACCAAUCAGGCAGUUGCAGAGCCCCUGUCAAAUGCCACUCAACCUGGGGAGACCCCUGAGGAAGAGUUGGCCUCCCUGAAGUUGAAGCUGAGUUCUGUGCUGCGUCGCUACAGCCGUCUGUGUAAUGACUAUGCCAGCCUGGCACACAACUGCUCUGCCACAGUGUUGAAUUUCACAUAGUGUCCUGAUGGGUGGCUUCAUGUAGAUGAAAAAUGUCACUACUUCAGUAACGACACGAUGGACUGGCCGAGCAGCAGAGACAGUUGUACGUCUAUCGGCAGCCACCUUACCAUCCUGCACAGCACGAAACAGCAUGAAGCCCUGGGAAAAGAGGUCAGUAGGAUUGGAGGGGUUAAUAGCUACUUCUGGAUCGGCUUAUCAGACAGAGAGAUAGAGGGGGACUGGAGAUGGGUGGACAACACAACGCUCACAAACAAGUUCUGGAACCAUUGGAGCUCGGAGCCUGAUAACAACCUCUCCGGUGGGGUUGAAGGUGAGGACUGUGUGGUCCUGGAGAGUAACACUCAGACCUGGUCCGACGUGCCCUGUGUCUUCAGCUACCACCGCAUCUGUCAAAUGGAUGCUACCCCCAUUACCUGCCAUUGAAUCAGCGGGUGAAAGACACCACUGACCAUGAAAUAAGCUUAGAGUGGCAGGGAUUCAAUACAAGGCGCAUUGUAGGUUGCCAGGUCGCAGUUGUAAAUGAGAACUUGUUCUCAACUGGUUUACCUGGUUAAAUAAAGGUGAAAUAAAUAAAUAAAUAAAAAAAGUAGGGAAGCGCGUUGCACUGUUGACAAUGUGCCUUUUAAAGGCAAUUUUCCCGACGUUCGCGGAGAUCGAAUUCAGUGUAAACGCAGCAGUAAUCAAGUGUAAAUUCCCUUCAAAAGUCAAAUGGUCUGAUUGUCUGAUUGAAUCCCAGUCACAGUAUGUAUAAUUAGCCAAAACAAAUUAAGAAGUGCCAGUUGGUAUCGACUUGUGUUGGUGUCUGUCUACCCACCACUGAAGGUAUUUCAAUAAAGCUAUCAAUCAGUCA